GGGAGCGGCCGCGCGCGCGCCCCCGCGCGGAGCUGCCCAUUGUCCUCCGCGCGCGCUCCGCCAGCCAUUUCAGCCGGCGCCGCUGCUCUCCCCCCUCCCCUCCCGGGCGCCGUCUGGGCAGCUGCGCCAGGCCGGGGGCCCCCCCUCCUCUUUGCAACGUCCCCCCCGCCCCCGCCCCAUGGCUUGACUGGGCCAGGCAGGCAGCCGGGGGGGCCCCCCAGCCAGGAAGAGCGGCGGCUGCCCGGAUGGCUGAGCCGGAGCCCGGCCUGGCUGUGGCCAAGCGGGCCGGGAGAGGCCAGCAGCAGCCCCUGGGGGGCCCGGCAGGGAUGGGCCGCUCGGGGUAAACCCGUCCCCCCUCCGUCGUCGUCUAAGCGGGGGUGGGGGGCGUCCAGCGCGGCCCCAGGCUGAGCCCAGAGGGGGUCCGGUCGGCGCCUGGCCCGGCCGGGGCUCCCCGCCCACCCAGGGCCCCUUCGGAGCGGCCAGCUGGCAUCGGAGGCCCCCAGACCCGACGUAACCUUGGCCCAGACAUGGGCAGUGGCGGGACUCGAACCCGCCGCCGGAUGGAGCCUCGCAGCCCGUGUCGGAGCCCCUCUGCCCCCCGCCGGCCCUCCUCCGCCUCUGCCUCGGCUGGGGCUGCGCGGAUCCUUCGCCUAGGCGAGAUGGACCAGCUGCCCAGGUUGGCGUCGCCCUGCCCGGCCUAAUUCCCGAGGACGAGACGGGAAGGGGAGCCCGGAUCGGGGCCUGCCGGAAGAGAGAGGAGAGAGGAGGAGGAGGAGGAGGAGGAGGAGGAGGAGGGGGCCACCCCUCGGAGAUGACAGCUCCCCCCCCCCCCCAGCUCCGGUCCUUCCUGGGAGAAGGAAGCAGGGACCGGCCCUGUCUCCAAGGCAACAGCUCUGGGCAUCCCUGCCAGUCUUCCUGGGUAGGGUGUAAACCCUGAAGGACCACAGGGUGGACUGGGACACCGGCUCUCCUGCCCAGACAGCCCCGUCCAGGGGCUGGGGGAGGGGGGGGUGUCCAUCUCUACCGCGGCUUUCCUGGACCGGAGGAGCGGAGAUGGCGUCCCCCUUUAGCACCGGAGUCCUGGGCCGUCACCGUGCACGCCGCCGCUGACCCAGCUCCCCCUUUUCCUUCCCCACCCAAAGAUGGCCAGUGCCAAUGAGACUGAAGAGGCCCACGGCUCGGUGCCCCACGCCGCCACUACCUACGCCAAGCUUCUGCUCCUGGGCCUGAUCAUCUGCGUGAGCCUGGCGGGGAAUCUCUCCCUCUCCCUUCUGGUCUUGAAGGAGCGGGGGCUCCACAAGGCCCCCUACUACUUCCUCCUGGACCUGUGCCUGGCCGACGUGAUCCGCUCGGCCGUCUGCUUCCCCUUCGUCCUCGUGUCCAUCCGCCACGGCUCGGCCUGGACCUACAGCGUGCUGAGCUGCAAGAUCGUGGCCUUCAUGGCCGUCCUCUUCUGCUUCCACGCGGCGUUCCUCCUGUUCUGCAUCAGCGUCACUCGCUACAUGGCCGUGGCCCACCACCGCUUCUACGCCAAACGCAUGACUUUCUGGACGUGCGUUGCCGUCAUCUGCAUGGUGUGGACUUUGUCGGUGGCCAUGGCCUUCCCCCCGGUCUUCGACGUUGGGACCUACAAAUUCAUCCGGGAGGAGGACCAGUGUAUCUUUGAGCACCGCUACUUCAAGGCCAACGACACCCUGGGCUUCAUGCUCAUGCUAGCCGUCCUGAUCUUCGCCACUCACGUGGUGUACAUCAAGCUCCUCCUCUUCGAGUACCGCCACCGCAAGAUGAAGCCCAUCCAGAUGGUCCCAGCCAUCAGCCAAAACUGGACGUUCCAUGGGCCCGGCGCCACGGGGCAAGCGGCGGCCAACUGGAUUGCGGGCUUUGGCCGCGGCCCCAUGCCACCCACCUUGCUGGGCAUCCGGCAGAACGCCCACGCGGCCAACCGGCGCCUGCUGGGCAUGGAGGAGUUCAAGGCUGAGAAGCGGCUGGGCAGGAUGUUCUAUGUCAUCACGUUGCUCUUCUUGGUUCUGUGGUCACCCUACAUCGUGGCCUGCUAUUGGAGGGUGUUCGUCAAAGCCUGUAGCAUCCCUCACCGCUACCUCUCCACAGCCGUUUGGAUGAGCUUUGCCCAAGCCGCUGUUAACCCCAUAGUUUGCUUUCUACUCAACAAGGACCUCAAGAAGAGCUUGCUGGCCCACAUCCCUUGUUGGAGGACAGAGCCGGAACUGCCCAGGGAGCCUUAUUGUGUCAUGUGAGGAGCGCGGUGGGUCGGCUGGAAGGCGCCCGCCCGCCCGCCUGCCCUGUGCCAAACUGAAUUUGGGUUCUGUUUUGAAUCUUGCUUUCUUUCUUUGUUCUUAUUUUUUAUACAUCACACGAGAUGCCAAUCGACGGGUUGUUGCGCUCCCCUGCCCCUACCCUCCGCAACCUUGGCCGUGGUUCCCCAGAGUAAUGGGUGUUGGCAUACGGACUCUGAUCUCUCAGACAACCCAGGGCAAAGAUCCAAAGUCCGCUUCUCUGCCUGGAGAUCAGAGCUGGAUUCUGGUCUCAGCUCCCCUGGUGUAAAUCCAGAACCGAAGGGUGACAGUCGCCGUUCCUUGCUAGUAUCUCAGCCAUGAGCUUUACGGGGCCUUUCCCUAUUUUUCUAGUCUCCAAACUCUAUCACAUUCCUCCGAUCAGACAUUCCUAAAGUCCACAGGCCACUAUAGGGAUGCCACCUUCCGGGUGGGGUCUGAGAUCAGUUCCUCUGGUGAAAAUGGUAGCUUUUGGGGGGAGGGGGGAUG